AUGGACGGAGCUACAUUUAGCCACCCAGGCUUCACCAAGGCCUCUGCCGCCGACUACUCCUCUUCAGAUUCGGACUCGGAAGACGAGCGACACAUUCCCGGGGAGGAUGGCGAUGACUUUGGCGACUUUAAUCCCCGCAAACGUCGGCGGCUGGGCGGCAAUCACAAAGAGAAGGCAGCUCUGGGCAUCUUCGGCUCGGACAGCGAGGAUGAAGGCAGUGGAAGGCAAUGGAAGAGGAAGAAUCUGCGCAGCAAAGGCAUGAGCUUUGUCUCGACUGCUGCGAGGAAGGGUAGCGAGGAUGAAGACGAGGAGGACGAAGAUAAGAGGCCAGUUCUUGGCAAUGGCCCUGCACAAAGCGACGACGAGGAUGAAGAGGACAGCGACCUUCUCGGCACCGGCCUGGGAUUCGGGUUUCGCAAAGCGAGCGAAGAAGUUGAGACCCAGCCUAAUGAAAGCAGCCAGGCGACCAGCAAGCCUAGGAACAGCUCGCUCAAAAGCAAAUUCGAUGGGAGAAAUAUUCUGGGAAGAGGCUUUGUGCCUUCCUCGGCGAAUGAACCUGUCCUAAGUGAGGCCGCUAUCAAACAUGCAUCGCCACCUCGCAACAAGCCACAGCCCAGCGCCUUUAGUACCAAGGGCAAAAUCAAUGCCAAGUCCUUUGGUGCACGAAUGAUGGCCAAGAUGGGAUACGUAGAAGGUCAAGGUUUGGGCAAAGAGGGCCAGGGAAGAAAUGUCAUUGUUGAGGCAAAUCUACGUCCCCAAGGUGUCGGUCUUGGUGCAGUAAAGGAGAAAACAGCCCAAGAACGAGAAGAGGAAAAGAGACAGGCUAAGAUGCGUGGGGAAACCAUCAUCGACUCUGAUGAAGAGGAAAAGAAGAAGAAAAGGGCAAGAAAGAUGAAGAAGACGAUCGCAGGUGCCUUCGACAGCGCCGGAAGCACGCCGCGACGCCAAAAGACGAAAUACCUGACCGCAGAAGAAUUAAAGACAUCUGCUCCUGGCCUACACAUACCAGAAGCCUUUACCCCUAUUCUAGAUAUGACCGGACCUGGUGGCAAGAUGCUUACGUCUACGAGUGGGAUUAUGACACCGACAUCUGGAGUGUCUGAGUCCAGCGAGAUUGUUGAAGCAAGGAAGCUCGUUAAGCGAGCUCAGGCGGAUUUAUUGGCUUUCUCAGAGGAAUGGAGGAGCCUUGAAGAAAGGAAGUCUUGGGUUGAGCUGGAACUAAAGGAGAGGGAUCAAGAGUUGGAGGACGUUCGGUCCGACCUGGAAAGACUGCAAGUGUUUUCGACCUUGGUGUCCCAGGAGCUUGUUUCAGCCACUGAAUGGGACCAAACCAUCAGCUGCCUGAGAAAGGCUGCGCAGCUUGGCUCCGCUAAUGCAGAGGUUGCUGAUAUCGCCGUUGCCGCCCUUCAGCCAUACCUGCAGGAGGCCGACUGGGAUCCCCUGGCCGAGCCUGGGAAAUAUGCUUCGGAGAUGAAAGAUCUCUCGAGUUUGCUACUCCAGUCGACCGGCAAUGCGAAAUCAGUUGGCAAAUGGGACUCGUCCGCCGACCAUCAAAACGGCGUUUACCGAACACAUCACAAAGCGACUACCCCUUACGAGAGUUUGAUGUACAAGAUCUGGUUACCACAGGUCCUGGCCGCAGUUCGAACAUGGGAUCCUCAAGACCCCACACCAAUGCUUCGUAUAUUGGAAAAUUGGGACGAACUUCUCCCUCCCUUUGUGCGAGCACAGCUAAUGAACAGCAUCGUACGCAAGCUAGAAGACGCUGUUUCAGACUGGAACCCCAAAAAGAGGCGGCAAAGUCAUCAGCUGCCACAUACUUGGCUCUUUCCGUGGUUACAAUAUCUGCCGCCCUACCAUCUCGACCCGAGAGGAACUGGGCUCGUGGCAGAUGUCAGGCGAAAGUUCAGGCAGCUCAUUGAUGUCUGGGAGUUUGAGCGAGGAGUCGUUCCUGGUCUUCCUCAGUGGGAGAACAUUCUGGAGGAACAGUGGCGACCUCUCAUCAUGUCCCACAUCUUACCAUCCAUGGGCAAAUACAUGAGACGGAACUUCCGGGUCGAUCCAGCUGAUCAAGAACCAUACCUACCUAUACUCACAGGUAUCCUCAAGUGGCGUGCAUUGCUGGGAACUGCAAUGAUCACCGAGGUUCUGGUUCAGGACAUGUUCCCCAUGUGGAACGCGAAGCUUCAGGAGUGGAUGGCACUGGAAGAAGCAGACCUUGGAGAGAUAGCCGAAUGGUACGGGUGGUGGAGAGGUAUUGUGCUCAAAGACUAUGCUGCAACAGAUGGUGUGAGGCACGAGCUGGAUAAGGGCCUUAGAAUCAUGAACACAGUGUAG